AUUUACUCUACUAUUUUGUUACUUCAUCACCACGACACCGAUCCUUUUCUCCGUUCACUGCUCGCCGGCGACUGCCAUCUCCGUUCACCUCUAUUUUUAGAUGGAAGGUGAAGAUAAUGCCAAGUUAGACUCUCCUUCGGGCCUUCCAUUUGACAAUGACUCUGUAUCGGACAAUGCCGGUAGGAAUAAAGAAGAAUUGGAGAAUGACAGGGGAAGAAAGUUUAGACAGGGGGACUUUGUUGCUCACAUUUCUAAUCUAGAUAAGACACUUGGACAAGUAGUUCAAAUUAAUCAAUUGUUUCGUCUGUAUGGUUCUAAAACGCUCAACUCUUACAUUCCAUCUAACCAACUGAAGCGUGUAACAAAAUUCUUGGAGGGAGAUUUGGUAGUCCUUGACAAUUGGUUGGGUAAGGUAGAUUUUGUUACCCGGGAUGUUACUGUAAAGUUCAAGAAUGAAUCUUUACGCACUUUUAAAGGAGGGAUGGGUCUUCAUCCACAUGUUGAACGGGAUGGUCUUCCACUACAACUUGGACAGGAGGUGAAUGUUUCCCCGAAACGGACAUGUACAGUAACAAAACUGGUCGAUGGAUCAGUAUUUGUUGAAUGGAUCGUUAAUUCUGAUGGCAAUGAUGACUCCCCUCCCUUUGCUAAACAAGAUCCUAACAGGUUGACACUAGUGUUUUCAUUUCGCUCCACUUGGAAAUAUGGAAAUGUAUGCCGGCAUGUGCUGUUAAAACCUGAAACUGUUUUUUUACUUGGUGAUGUCAAAACUUCUGUUGAUGUGACUUGGCAAAAUGGGUCAACAGAAAAAAACCUACCACCACAAAUACUGAAACCCAUUUCUGAUAUUGGAGUUCACGAUUUCUUAAUCGGUCAAUAUGUGGUUUUGGAUAAUUCUGAAGGUUUGGGAGUCGUUAAAUCUGUUGAUCACAAGGAGAAAACCACAACAGUUAGAUGGGUAAAUCUCCCAAAUGAGGAGAUCAUUAGUUCUUGCCACCUGAAUCGACACCAUCUUUUUAACUAUCACCUGGGUAACUUGGUGUUCCGCCAAAUAACAAGAGAAGCUGAAAAUUCUGAUUUGUCCUCCUUUGGGAGUAUAAUUGGCUUCAAAGAUGGCGACAUUGAGGUUACAUGGGCUGAUGGUACUACCUCUAUGGUUCAACCUCAAGAACUUCAUGGUGUUAUUGAUCGAGAUAAAUAUGAGGAUACUGAUGAAUGUGCAAACACCGGUAUUGAACAUGAAGUUGAGGGGGAUGCAUUGGUUGUAAAAAUUCCCGAAUUUAAAGUUGAUUUGUUGAACUUUGUGGACCUGCGGAGUGUUCAAUGCCUUAAUGGAAGCCGCAUCCACUGUAUUAGCAAUGCCCUAGAAAAGGAUUACAGAGUGUUCAAUGACUUGAACUUGGAGAGCGUUGCAGAUGAGCAGCUAUUGAUUUACGUACCAUUUAUGCAGCCUAUCAAUUUGCAUUCAUUGGUUAUUGGAGGACCCGUGGAGGAAGGUCCUAAAACUGUGAAGCUGUUUGCUAACAAAAGGCACUUUGAUCUCAGUGAUGCUGCUAAAACCACUCCGAGAGACACAGUAAUUUUAUCUGAAGAUAAUCUCAGGGGAACAACAGUUAAGUUGAAUCAAGUUAAGUUUCAAGGCAUUCACAGUGUGACUAUUUUUAUCGAGGACAAUCAGUAUGGUUCCGAACUUACAAGAGUUCAAAGAAUUUAUUUGUUUGGAACAUCGUAAGUUUCCGAUGACCUCUUACUUAUCAUUUUGCUUCCUUG